UUGGGAUCUCUCAGUCAACUCAGCUCGCUGCAUUUGGGAAACAAUAACCUCUCCGGUAAAAUUCCUUUGUCCUUACAACAGUGCAAACAGUUGAUUACUCUUGACCUUGGCAAUAAUAAGUUGUCAGGUAGCAUACCUGAAUGGACUGGCGAGAGUCUCUCAACCUUGGAGGUUCUCCGUCUGCGAUCAAAUUUAUUGGAUGGUAAUAUUUCUAUGCAACUAUCACCCCUAACUUCUCUUCAAGUGUUGGAUCUCGCUGAUAACAAGUUUUCUGGAACCUUGCCACCAUCAUUUGGUAAUUUCAGUGCCAUGACUAUGAUACCAAAUGAGAGUGAGCCUGUUCUUCCUGAAUAUAUGUCCUCCUAUUACAUCGAGAAUCUUCUGAUAACCAUGAAAGGUUUAGAACUUACAUUCACUACUGUGCUCUCACUUGUGACAAGCUUGGACCUCUCAGACAAUAAUAUUUCUGGAGAGAUUCCUAAAGAGUUUACAAACCUUCAUGGGCUUGUUUCCUUGAAUUUAUCGGGGAAUCAUCUGACAGGAAGGAUUCCAGAAAAUAUUGGUGCCAUGGGGCAGUUGGAGUCACUUGAUCUGUCGAUGAACAACCUAUCAAGCACAAUUCCUACAAGCAUCUCAAAUUUGAAUUUUUUGAGCCACCGGAACUUGUCCCACAACAAUCUGUCAGGAAGAAUUCCAACUGGCACCCAACUUCAAACCUUUAAUGACCCAUCCAUCUACAUUGGCAAUCAGUAUCUUUGUGGACAGCCAUUACUAGAAAAAUGUCCUGGCGAUGAACCAGCAGGUGGUUCGACAGCUCAUGGAAGAGAAGAAACACUGGAUGAAAAUGAUUCAGAAAUGAUAUGGUUUUAUGUUAGCUUGAGUCCGGGAUUUGUGGUUGGCUUCUGGGGUUUUCUUGGCGCGGUGAUGCUCAAAAAGAGCACAAG